UCUAAUUUUUUUAUUAAUACUAGAAAAUAUGAGAUUUGGAAGGAUGUGAAUUAUAUGAUACGUUUUAAAAUCAUUUAUAAUAGAUUUUUAUAUAUAGACAUCAUAUCUUCACAUAUUGUAAUUUUAUGAUUAAUUUUAUAUUUAAAAUUAUAUUAUCUAUAAUGUAUUUAGUUAUUUAGAUUGAUUUUAAUUAUAUUAAUAUUAAGAUUUUUCUUACUAUUGCUAAUAUUAAAAAAUAUUAAUUAAUGCAUGUUAAUAUAUUAAAUAAUCUGAUAUGUUUUAAAACAAUAUUAUGAGAAAUCUUCUAAUUAAUAUGAAAGUUAACAUAAGUUUUUCAAAUAAACAACACUAAAAAUUAGUAUAUGAGGAAUGCAAUGGGUAUCUGACUAAUAUUAACAAUUUCUCAAAUUAAUGGACAUUAAAUUAACUUCUAUUGGAUAACUAAUUGGUAUUUCACUGUUGUGGAUUCUCUUACUUUUAAAGCUGGUUUCUUGCAGUAUAUAAACCCUAUGCCUCCUUAUAUACAUCUAAGCAGCCACGGGCUUACUUCAUACUUAAUAUCAUUUCUGAAAUUCUCUGAUAAAAACUCUAAAGACCCAACAAUGGCUUGCAAACUCCUUUGCCUCCUCAUCCUCGUGACCUUCGUUUCUCAAGGAUAUGGGUGCGACCGUAGCAAUCUAACUCUGAAACAAUCAAAGACCGGCAACUUGUAUAAGGACGUAACAGAGUGGGAAGUGAGAGUGACGAACCCAUGUCCAUGCGAUUUCAAGAACGUAAAGUUGACGUGCACCGGUUUCAAAUCGGUCUUACCCAUCGAUAAAUCGGUGUUGUCGAAAUCUGGUAAAGACUGUCUCCUAAUCAACGGACAGUCUGUCGGGUAUAAAUCAGACUACGUCUUCAGAUAUGUGUGGGCCACUAGCUUCAACUUCAAGAUCCUCGAUGCCACAAUCGCUUGCCCUUGAAUUUGUUUUUAGCGCAUGAAAAUGAUGAUUUUGAUAUCUAAUAUAUCCAAUAUUAUCCACA